CUCAGACAGCACGAACAGAAAGAUGAGGACGGAGGGAGUGAGAGAGAAAGGAGCGAAAGAGGCUGAAGAUAUAUUUGACCGUGUGGGUGUGUGAAGUCUUGAGGCAUGCAUCAUAAUUGUGGCUUCUUCUUCUCGGAGCAGCUGGACAAAUCACUACACCAGCAAGACAUUGGUGGUCUUUCAGAGUGUGCUGUUAUGUACUUUUAAGCAGUUACAGCUGAGAGGAAAGGGGGCAACAAAAUGGAAACCGCUUUGUUUCUGGUGCAUCAAGGACUUCAUUAAGUGAGAAUUAGAAAGACUGAGUGACUUAAGUCAUGUCAAGAAAUGAUGUAUGGGAAAUUAUGAUACCUCUGAACUGUGAGUAACCAAGAAUUCAAAUCAAGAAUUCAUCUGAGAUGGCCGUCAGCCCUGUUGUCAUCUGCUUCCUGACUUUGAUCAGUUGCAGCUCUACCCAGCCCACUCCUCCUCCUCCACGGGGAUGCAGCGUGGGUGUGGAACCCCCCUAUCGAGUACUGUGUGAUCUGGAGGCGGUCUGGGGCGUCGUUCUGGAGGCUGUGGCCUGUAGUGGCGGCCUAGCCUCUUUGGUUCUUGCGGUGCUGCUGAUCAUCAAGCUGCGUGUGGUUUCUGACCCAGCCAGGCGCUCCGGCCUCGGUCCUCUGCUCUUGCUUCUAGGGACCCUUCUAGGGAUCUUCACCAUCUCUCUGGCUUUCCUGGUGGGGAAGACCCAAGUGCUCUGUGUGGUGCGAAGGGCCUUCUGGGGACCCCUCUUUGCUCUCUGCUUCUCCUGUUUGCUGGUGCAAGGAGUGAGGCUCAGGAGGCUGGUGGCUGGAAAGUCAAGCCCCACAGGGAGCACGCUGGCAGCGCUUGGACUGGCAUUGGCUUUGGUUCAAGGGAUAAUCUCUGCUGAAUGGGUUCUGUUGACUGUAGUCAGAGAGGGCCACCCAGCAUGUGAGUAUCCUCCUUUAGACUUUGCUCUGAUGUGCAGCUACACUUUGGGCCUGCUCCUCAUAGCCAUGGGUCUCUCUCUCGGAGUGGUGCUGUGUGGAGGAGAGUUUGGAGAGGAUGGAGGAGACGGCAGAGAAGAAGACAGAGAAGGAGAUAAUGAAAAGCGAAGAUGGAAGUGUAAUGCCGUCUGGGUCUUUCUCUCCAGUCUGGCAUCGGCAUUGCUUUGGGUGGCCUGGCUAGGGUUUUAUCUUUAUGGCAGCCAGACGUUAAGAGGAAAAGGGAGCAGAGAAAGAGGAGGAAACAAGGAUGCUAAAGUAUUGGAUGAGCCUGCACUGGCUGUGGCCUUGGUGAUUCAGGGCUGGAUCCUGCUGCUGUUCCAUGCUAUUCCAGAGUCCCACCUUUGUCUCCAGAAUCCAACACAGUCUGACACACAAGAUUUCUUUGACACCAAUCGUGCAUCACCUGCUCCUCAUUUCGGAGAUGAGCACCCUGUACAUUCUCACCAGUCUUUUCAAGAAAACCAAGCCUUCUCAAUGGAAGAGCACAGUGCAACCGUUCGAAGUGGAACAUACCCCAGCAGCCAUGGCAGCAUCCGCCCGAGUAUCGCCUUCAGAGGCCACGUUUACCAACCGACUGAGAUGGCUUUGGUCAUGAACGGCGGUACGAUGCCCACAGCUCCCAUUAACUACACUGGAAGGCGUUUAUGGUAACACUGGACAGGAUUUGUGAGGGUUACAGUCAAGUUCCUUUUGUGAUGCCGAAGAGUUUCCCGUCACCUAAAAAAAAGAAGAUGAAGAAGUGUUUUAAUGUGUUUGUGUUUCUGCACACGUUUCAGCAAUUUUAAAACAACAACAAAUAGUAUUUUAGAUUACGUUUUUUGCUUAAUUUUACAGUAACAUUUGAUGGUACGUCAUAACAGCAGGAUCAGAGAAGGAUAAAGAGACAAUAUUUACACUGAGGAGUACAUAAAUAUGAGAAGCAAGUAAUUGACUGAGAAUAACUGAACAUGUUGCAGUUAAACACGUGAAAGUUGACCUUAAAGCAACAUUUUAAUGUGGUGAAGUAAUCAUUUGAUCUAAGCAGCUUGACACCAGGACCAUAACAACUGGUUUCUGUUAACAAGUGAUGCUUACUUUGAUAAACUGCACUUUGUUCAACUCAGCCUUUAGGACUUUGAUGUAAGUUACCAGCAGUAGCCUACAAUGCUUGCUUAACCUCUGUGUUGCAUUUCAGGGUUCUCAUAGUUACUUUCUGACGGUGUUGGGGCACUUUGGCACAUUUCUAUAUAUAAGCGUUGGAUUAUCAGGUGUUUCUAAGGGGUAACGAAAUGUCCCAUCUCAGUAAUGGCAUUUUAAGUGUUAUGCUUUUAAUAAGCAUAUAAUAAAAGCCAUUUGAUUCUGCAAUACGUAACGUGCACAGACAGGGAUCAGUCCGGAGGUCAUGGUGGAAUGGUGAGAUUGAAGAUUGUUUCAGUCCCGUGUAAAAGCACACUUUGGAGGAACAGUAUUUAUCUAAAUGUUUGCAUUUUAUGGAUGUUUUUUAGUAUUUUUUAUUUAUACAAACAUGUAUAUGUAUUGUGUAUAUAGCAAAUGGAAUUACUAGUUAUAGUGGUUAGUUUUAUAAUCAAUUUAUCAUCACGGACAAAGAAUUACUCUAACCAGUCAAACUGAAGGCUGCCUUACAAAUGAUAAAAUGGCAUUAUAUACAUUUUCUUAUGACUCCAGAGUAUCUAAUACACAAAUAGCAGUCUGUGACUGUACAGGCAACAACCAAAACAAUUAUUAGAACCUAAAGAGCAUUCUACAUUUUUUUAAUGAUAAGUAUGGAGCAUUGUUCUGUCUGCAAUUUUCCCCAAACAAAUUAUGGUACCUUUCGUCUUUUUGAUGCCAAGCAGACAAAACUUAGAACAACCCCAAGUACUGAUGCUCUCCUGUCAAGUGUAUAUUUCUGUUCAUUUUGAAGAUAAUGGCUUACUGCUAAUAAAAACCCAAAAUCCAGUUUCUGAGAAAAGCUGGAAUAUUGCAUAAAACCAAAAAGAGAACAUUUUUAAUACAGAAAUGUCAGCCUGCUGAAAGGUGUGUCCAUGUAAUGGGCAGUGUGUCCUCUCAGCUCUUCGCUGGGCUGCUUUUGCAUGAAUUACUGCCUCAGUACAGUGUGGUAUGGAGGAGAUCGGCCUGUAGCUCAGCGGAGGUGUGAAGGAAGCCCAGGUUGCAUUAAUAGCAGCAUUCAGCUGGUUUCAAGUGCUGGCUCUGGUGUCUCUCAUCUUCCCCUUUGCACUUCUCCUUAGAUUCUAUAUGGGGUGUUCAGCUCAGUCCAGACAGAGUAAUACCAUAGUCAACAAACCCAGUAUUGGUACAUUUUGCAGUGUGGGCAGGUGCCAACUCCUUCUGGAAAUUGCAUUGACUGUGGACUUCAGAAUAUUCAGUGGACCAACACCAGCAGAUGACACGAUACCCCUAAUCAUCACUGACUGUUGAAACGUUAGUAUCAAUCUCUAGCAAUGUGGAUUGUGGGCUUCACCAAAUCAUCCUCCACCCUCUAGAUUUUCAAAUAUAAUGCCAAAUUUUCCUUUAUCUGAGAGGUGAACUUUGAACCUGAGCAACCAUCUAGUCCUCUUUUUUUUUCCUUAACCCAGUUAAGACGUUUCUGACGUUUCCGGCUCAGGUGGAGCUAAACAGGACAAUUGUUGACCAUGUCUUGAAUGUGUCUGUGUGUGGUGGCUCUCAAAACUGCAAACCCAGCUGCAGUAAACACCUUGUAGACACCCCCACACCGAUUCCCUAAGGGGCUUCGCUUCACAGUCCUUUCAAUGAUGUGAUUACUUCUUCUGCUUGAGCACCUUUUUUGUACCACACUUUUUUCUGCCACUCAAUUUUCCAUUAUUUGCUUGGAUACAGCAAGUCUGGUCACAGCUAACUUGUCUUGUGGCAUACCCUCCUUGUGUCAGUAACUGUCUGUUGGACAACUGUCAGGUCAGCAAUCUACCCCAUGAUUGUUGAGACCAUAAAAUACAUUUUUUGUAAUAAAAAUAAUAUUUUUAUUGUUAUAUUCAAAUUCAAAUUUUCUGAGGAACAGAAUGUUGGAUGUUCAUUAGCUGUAACCCAUAAUCAUCAAAAUGAAACACAACAAAAGAUUGAAAUAUGUAAAAUUGUGUGUAGUGAAGCUAUAUAAUAAAUAGGAUUCAUUUUUUUUAUUUAAUUACUUUACAAACUAACUUUUUAAUGACUGUCUACUUUCUUGAGAUGCAACUGUAGGUGGGUAGGUCCACACCAACGGAUGCAGUCAGUGCAGAUAACUGGAAGGGUCUUCUUACUAUUUUAACCCACCUUCACCAGUCAUAUGUUUAUUAUUUUAAUUGCUGGGAAAUACAAAGAAAAUGUUUAUUCAUCCAAAACUGUGAAUUUACUAAAAACAUUUGAUAUAUGUUGUUUUAGUCUUUGCUUUGAUAUCUCUAGUUGGAAACAGCUGUUCAAACCGGCACUACAAAACACCAUUUCGUGUACGUAUGAGUAAAGUUUUGCAGUUUCAUCUCCUGAGUGAAUUCAAGCUGAGACAGUAUAUCCAGUUAAUGCAUUGUGUAUAUGACUGUGACCAGUCCUUUUUGCUGUUACUCAAAUCGAAAUAAGUAAAUCUGUCAAUAGCUUUGUUUUUGUGUACAGGCGAGUCGUCUUACAUUGUACAAUGAAAAUAUGGGAUAAAAAUGAAAAACUCUGUCCAACCGGCUUUUUAACCUGUACUGUAAUAAAGAUCACCCUGAAGAUGGGUUUAUCAGAACAAUACUGUCACUGUUUUCAGGCAGUGUUAAAAUGAAUGUUUGUAAUGUGAUUUGCACUAAGUGUCUAUUACACUCUUUGCACAGUU